AUGAGCCCCUUCUGCCGCCGCCACGUGCGCUGGGGCUUCCACAUCUGGGACCGGCCCAACCUGGCGCCCGACGCUGCGAGCCCGGAGGUGGCGGGACCGGAGCUGAAGAUGCUCACGCCACCCUUACUGUCGCAAAGCUUCUUCCAACGCCUUGUUGAUGUAAAGCGACAGCGGAUGGCUGUGUUCUUUGCACGUAAGUUUGACAACAACCGCACCAAAGAACUGCAGGACCAGAUCGAUGCUUUGGAGACGAGCGGGCGCUGGGCGCCGGUGAGGUCAGGACUGGAGGAGUGGGUGAAGGCCCUAAUGCUGGGAUUCGCCAACGAGAGCGUCGCCAAUAUCACCAACCUGGAGGUGUGGCAGCACGAGACUGGGCCAGUUUUCUUUCACGUGGAGCGCUUCCGCGGGCGCUUGUCUCUCCCGUGUGCCCGCCGCUGUCGCCUCACCGGGCACUUGGUUGUUGAAGAGUUGGCGGCAAGAAGCCCAAUGAUUUCCCAGUCGGAGGCGAAUGGACAGUCCCCACUCCUUGUGGCCUUGCGGGUGGGCCUGGGAUGGGAUGUUGAGACCUUCUCCUUCGGGACCAUGUCGGUCAUCCCAGAGCACUCGGGGAAAGACCUUGAGCUGGUCAUGUACUGGAGCCAUGCUGCGGCAAGGCGCUCGGAGGAGAGGCCACCGCAGGAGCUAGAGGUACGAUGGCUGGGGCCCCGGCAUCGCCCCAGCAUCACGUGGCGCUCGAGCUGGUCGUCUCAGCUGGUCUCGUGGGCGCCGAUGCCGUCCGAAGGGCGCGUUGAACCUGGAGAAUGGAAGGUGGAGGUUUGGUUGGCCGGCCAAUUGCAGGGGCUUCGGCGCUUUCAUGUGGGUGCAGGCCCAGAAGCUCCGUGGACGCAGUACUUUGUGGCGCAACCAAAAAGGAGCGCAGCGGCGCGGCCUCACCAGGUCUUACCUGUUUUACUAGCACAUCUGAUGCCUUGGCCAUGUUCAUCCGUGUUUGCCAUAGCUAGAGGCUCUCCGAAACGGCAUCGUGGUGCCCCAAGAUGGGUGAAAAAGGUGUCGCGCAACGGCUAG